AAUAUAACAGGAGAUUCAGAAAUUCUUCUUUUGAGAUUUUCAGAGAAACCAGAACUGCAGCCCCUCAUAUUUGGGGUUUUCUUCUCCAUGUACCUGAUCACUGUGUUUGGAAACCUGCUCAUCAUCCUGGCUAUCAGCUCAGACUCCCACCUCCAUACACCUAUGUACUUCUUCCUCUCCAACCUGUCCUUUGUAGACAUCUGUUUCACUUCCACCACCAUCCCAAAGAUGCUGCAGAACAUCUGGACACUGAGCAAGGUAAUAACCUAUGAAGGCUGCAUCAUCCAGGUGUAUUUUUUCAUGCUGUUUGCAGGGUUGGACAACUUCCUCCUGACCGUGAUGGCCUAUGACCGCUUUGUGGCCAUUUGCCACCCCCUCCACUACACGGUCAUCAUGAACCCCCAACUCUGUGCAAUUCUGGUUCUGGUUAGCUGGAUCAUCAGUGUCCUGCAUUCCUCGUUACAAACCUUAAUGACCUUAAGGCUAUCCUUCUGUACAGAGGUGGAAAUCCCUCACUAUUACUGUGAACUCAAGUUGUUGAUCCAACUUGCCUGUUCUGACAACUUUCUUAAUGACAUGGUGAUGUUUUUAGCAGCUGCUCUGCUAGGUGGUGGUCCCUUUGUUGGUAUCUUUUAUUCAUACUCUAAGAUAGUUUCUGCAAUACAUAGAAUUUCAUCAGCUCAGGGGAAGUAUAAAGCAUUUUCCACCUGUGCAUCACACCUCUCAGUUGUCUCCUUAUUUUAUUUUACAGGCUUAGGAGUAUACCUUAGCUCUGCAGCUACUCGUAGUGCACACUCAAGUGCAAUUACCUCAGUGAUGUACACUGUGGUCACACCCAUGCUGAACCCCUUCAUCUACAGCCUGAGAAAUAAAAUCAUAAAGAGGGCUCUGAAGGUAUUUUUUAGAAUGGCAUCUGGAAAAGGGUCAUUUGUUUUCAGCUGA